UGCGCGCGUGUGGUCUAGGGUCCGUCUGUUCUAGGGCAUUGGAUCCGUCGCGUCCCAUUCGGUUUCUGAGAAAUACUCUGCAAGGUUCAGGGUCGUUGAUCCCUUUACACGUUCAUCGAACAAACGUACUGCGUACAAGACUUGUCUUGACUGAAGCUUGCUCAGAAUGAGCGCCUCUCUAGUGCGUAAAGGGCUGGAUCUUUUCAGUGAAGAUUUGACGAAUCAAUCAGCAAAAACAAAGAAGGGCCCAAGUGCAGCAUCUGGUUCAACAACUAACAAAACAGGACUAAAGAAGCUGAAGCGGGCAGAACAGAAACAUAAACUGGGAUCUGCUCCUGAGCUGACCAUCAAGGGCAAGAAGGUCAAAUCUUCACUGAAAAAGUACAACCAGCACAAAUCAAAGGAUAACACAGAAGAAACAAUCAAGUACCUCCAACUUCUCAGUAGCAAGAAGACAAAUCCAAAGGUUGCAGAGCAGGUGGUUGAGUAUCAGCAACGGCGCUCUGCUCAGCCCGCCCCUGCUCAGCAGAAGUCAAAGCAGCCCAGGUCGUGUUUCUCGGAGGAGGACUUUGCCCGAUUCGAGCGGGAAUACUUUGUCGGUCCGCGUAAGAGGCCGGCCGCGUGACGUGCCUGGUUCUGACUUUGACUGAGUGAACGGGCGAGCGCCUGACCGCUUCAGCGUCACAAGUAUUGCGCGCCGGUCCUACACUCCAAGCGCUCGGCGGGGUCAGUCCUCAGAGCUGAACCAAUACACCUGUCCGUCUUUUUACGCUGGGGAGCGAACGCCGCUGGAUUCGCAUGAUCUACCAAAGGACGCACGGUGCCACCGGUUAGCUCGUCGCGCGUUAGCAAGCGAUCACCCAGCGCAUAGCUAGCUGAUCGGCGAAGCGUUCGGCGGUCGCCUGGCGCGCACGCCGUGCUCGCGUCGCGAGGGCGUCAGCCCCUCGACCUCCGACUCAACAGCUCUGACUCUGACUCGCUGAGUCUGCGGGCCGCUCCUGCACCCCCUCUCGUGCGAUGGCCGGCUGGUGCGUGGCGGCGGUGUCGGGGGUCACAUGCGGCGGCAAGACUACCGUGGCGCGCAUGCUGCACGCCGCAUACCCCGGCUCCGUGCUCGUGGCGCAAGACGACUACUUCCUGCCGGAGGACGACCCGCGCCAUGUGCCGGCGCCAGGCGUCAACCACCUGAACUGGGAAUUGCUGUCCUCGAUCGACACGGGCCGGAUGGUGACAGACGUGGCGGCGAUCUUGGCGCAGCCUGCGCCGGCCGGCGACGCUGCGCCGCGCCUGCUCAUCAUCGAAGGCUUCCUUGUGCUCAACGACGCGCGGCUGCGCGCGCUUUGUGACGUGCAGUGUUACGUGACGCUGGAGCGUGGCAUCUGCUGGGAGCGGCGCCAGCAUCGCCACUACGAGCCCGCCGACGUGCCUGGCUACUUCGACGCAUGCGUCUGGCCCAUGUACGAGCGCCACCUGGCGGAACUGCGUUGCGUGGACGGCGGUCGAGUCAUCUACCUGGAUGGCGCACUGCCGCUGGACCGGCUGUACACGCGCGUGGCUGCUGAGGUGUCGCGGGCCAUGGAGAAGCAGUGCGCCAAUUGACCGAACCGCGCGAAUGGUCGCCAGCAGGUGGGGAGUUGUUCGGUGACCGGGUGGCCGAGUGUUCGUGCGUGGUGCGAUUCCAAUGCUUAAAUAUGGCGUUAUCUCCGGUCGUGGCGUCGUACUUAAGCAUGGCUGUUGGAACACGCCGUACGCUCGUUGAUUUAGUAUAUUAUCCACGUGUUGUUUGGCAGGUUUGCCAAUUACGAAAAUACACAUGCAAGAUACAAUCCGAAGAAGGGAGAGUAUGUUUCAA